GCUGAGGUAGGUAUAUGCCGUCUGAUAUAGCGGGCUGGGGGAACUCAACGACGAAACGGAAGUCCCCCGUGAGCGUCUUGAUGGAAUGUAGUGAGUUGGCUAGCUUGAUAGCAAAUUAGCUGUAAAGUCGACGAAUUGCCCUGUCAAACAUUGAAGAUAUAUCGGGUGGUCUUUAAAUAUUUAUCCAACGAUGCCAGAGCCUGCGGAGAUGAACAGUCCUGAGAUGGCGAAAACACCAGGCGGCAGCAGUGCCCCCGGGAAAGAGAAUGUGGCCAAUGGGCACAAGGAGGGAGAGGUGGGCAACAACAACCCCUUCGCUGACUACAUGUGGAUGGAGAACGAGGAGGAUUACAACAGACAGGUGGAGGAGGAGCUUCUGGAACAGGAGUUCUUAGAACGCUGUUUCCAGGAAAUGCUGGAAGAGGAGGAUCAGGAUUGGUUCAUCCCCGCCAGAGACCUCGCCCCGGGGGUGGGGCAGAUUCAGCAACAGCUCAACGGGCUAUCUGUCUCCAACGGCAACGCAGAUGAACUCGCGCGCAAGAGCAGCUUGAACCCAGAGGCGAAGGAGUUUGUUCCGGGAAUGAAAUACUAGGGUCCUCCCGCCAGUAGGGGGAACCCUCAUAAAGACUCUUUGUGACUGCUGGCUUCCCAGCAGACACCCUUGCACUCGCCUGCUUUUGGGCUGUGUGGGGUACAUGGGGUGGGGUUGGAGGGUGGGCUGGGGUAUACUCUUCAAUAAGCUUUUGGUCGCAUUCCCCUGCUCAGACGUUGCAUGCAUCAACCUAUGGUUACGUGCCAAGUCAUCUACUGUGCCGUCGGGCACCAGAUUGCUAUGACGUGGUUAGCUGAUAAAUAAAAUGUCUAUCCAGGAGUUGUAAGAUCUGGAAUGCGUCAGCACCGUCUUAGUAGGGGAACGCAGCCUUUUAUUUCCGUUUUGUUCCUAUGUGGUUAACUAGGCAAGGGGCAGUGAUGGGAGAAGGGUGGGCAGGGGCCAUAUCAGUAUAAAAUAAUCCUAUUGGACAGAAAGGGGGGGGCCAUCAGUAUAAGAUUUUCUUAUUGGACAGACGGCAGAACUGGAGGUCAGAUCUGCAUAGAAAGUUUGGUGUUUAUUUUUGUUCUUUCUCCUCGAUCUCAAGUGCAGCCGUGUGAGUCUGUCGUUGUGGUGAUCGUGGCUGGAGAUUUGUCUCUCCCCUGAUCAUUGUUGCAGUUUCUUUUUUUCCUUUUUUUCUCUUUUCUAGAUGUUUUUCUUUUCCUCAGAGGCUGGUUUUAGGGUAGGUAGUGUGUAGGGGCGAAGUAGGCUUGGCGAAAGAUGGACAGACUGCAGUGUACAGAAGGAUUGGAUGGAAUCUGGCUGUGGGGGUGGAGCUGACUGAAGGCAACUUGAAACCUGCGAGGGAUUUCCGUGGCAACAAUUUCGUUUUUUUGUUUGGUUGAUAUGUAAAAACUUGAGUUGAAAUCCUGUCACAGUGUGCGACUUGCAUUAACAAAUGAGGACAAAGUAUGAUGGAAUAAAGAUCAGGUACCCUCUGGGA